AUGUCUCUCUCCCGAAGCCCAUCACCUGUGCCGGGUGGUGGGUGGUCGAGUCCUGGCCUGAAUAUGAACAGCGGCAGGACGAGUCCUGCCAAUGCUGGUGGCAGCUCCGUGUCGUGGGAAUCUGCCAAGAUGAGGAAGCACGGUGCCAACGGCUACCCGUCCUUCUCGACGCAGAACCAAGGCUUCUUCACUCGCCACAUGCGUCGCAUAUCCAGCAGCCUGCCACGAUUCAACUCUGGCCUUGGCAAUACCUAUGCUGAGCGAGAGAAGUACGAACGCGAAGGAUACAAUGCAGCCUCUGGUGGGAGGAUACGGUCGUUCUUUGCCCGCGUCAACAGAAGAUUGAAGUGGAGGAUCCUCCUUCCGCUGAUAAUAUUCUGCACCAUUGUCAUCUACUACGGCACUCACGAGGCCCCCGGGUUUGUUCAUUGGUGGCGACGAUCUAGCAUCGGAGGAAAUGGCGAAAAGUUUGUCAUCAUUCUGGCCGCCAAUGUUGGUGGAGGCGUCAUGGAGUGGAAGGGUGCUCGAGAAUGGGCCAUUGAGCGAGACAGCGUACGCAACAAGCGGAAAUAUGCCACUAGGUGGGGCUACGAUUUGGAAAUUGUCGACAUGAAGACCAAGAAGCGAUAUGCGCACGAAUGGCGAGAGAGCUGGGAAAAGGUGGACUUUUUGCGGAAUACGAUGCGGAAAUACCCCAAGGCUGAAUGGUUCUGGUGGCUCGACCUCAACACUUACGUUAUGGAACCCGGAUACUCGCUGCAACACCAUUUGUUCAACCACCUCGAUCGCCAUGUAUACCGUGACAUCAACGACUUCAACCCUCUCAACAUCACCCAUCCUCCCACCGACCUAUAUCUGGACGCAGAUGCGCGAAGCCCUGUCGGCGAUGGAAAAAUCAACUCUGUGAACUUCCUGCUCUCUCAGGACUGCUCAGGAUUCAACCUUGGCUCUUUCUUCGUCAGACGCAGCGACUGGACCGAACAACUUUUGGAUAUCUGGUGGGACCCGGUGUUGUAUGAGCAGAAGCACAUGGAGUGGGAACACAAGGAACAAGACGCCCUUGAGCAGCUGUACCGAACGCAGCCUUGGAUUCGACAGCAUACUGGCUUCUUGCCGCAGCGCAUGAUCAACAGUUUCCCCCCUGCUGCGUGUGCGGACGACUCUGGCUUGAACAACACCCGGAUACACUACAACGAAAAUGAUCGCGACUUCGUAGUCAAUAUGGCUGGCUGCGAAUGGGGACGCGAUUGCUGGGGUGAAAUGUAUCACUACCGAGAGUUCAGCUACUGGCUCAACCGAAACCCUUGGGAACUCUUCAAAGAGGAGAUUGUGGCCCUCAUUUGGUUUAAGCUCACUGGCCAGCGAGUCAAGUUAUAA